AUCAACAUGUAGUAGUUGAAAAUCUAUGGUUGAAAAUCCUAUUGAUUUGUCAAAAAUACUGCAAUGGUGGCGAGGCCGGGACUGAAAUUCGGUGGGAGGAUUUUGAAUUGUUUAAAUUUAUUAAAACGGUAUCACAAAAUGCAGUUUUAAAAACAUAAUUUUGGAGUCAAAUAAAAUAAGUCGAUAUGUCUGCUGCCGGAACCCCUUCUACUGAUCCGUGGGUCAUCGUGGCUCGUGAGAGGGCAAGAUAUGAAGAACAAUUUAAAUCUCUGAAACCAAAUAAUGGAAUUAUAACAGGGGAACAAGCUAAAGGAUUUUUUCUCCAAUCGCAGUUGCCACCACUAAUUCUUGGACAGAUAUGGGCUCUUGCAGAUACAGAUGCAGAUGGGAGGAUGGACAUAAAUGAAUUUUCUAUAGCAUGCAAAUUAAUAAAUUUAAAAUUGAGAGGAUUCGAAGUUCCCAAAGGUCUUCCUCCAUCACUCCUAGCAUCCCUUAAAGUCAAUACACCUCCAUCGAUACCACCCCUUCCCAAUUCAUCUUCACUUCCACCACGUCCAGAACCUCCUAAAAUAGCUCCCAUCAUAUCCCAAUCGUUAACUCAUAAUCCACCACUAAUACCCAGUCAACCACUAUUAACACAAGCACCGACAACUCAACCUUUGGUGCCUAAUAUAUCUCCUGGAUUAGUUAGUCAAGCGCAUAUUAUGGGAAUUUCAAAGCCAGUAGGAAGUAGUACAGUUGUAGGAGGCUUACCGACUGGGGUUUUACCACCCACAAGUAGCAUUAUAACAACUGGUGGAAUUUCUGCCAGCAUACCUACGGGCAUCGUGCCACCAAUGCAAACUAAUAUUCAACCAGUCCAACCGCUUAUAAGUGGUUUGCCUACGAUGGCCAGUGUUGCACCUCUCACUGGUCAUUCUGCUGGUUUUGGUGCGCCAUUGGUAACAGCAUCAAUGGUAUCUUCAGCAACAGUGCCAUUACCAUCAGCCUCUCCAUUACUGCCGGGGUUAGCUCCAACUGUAUCUUCGUUCACGAGCGGUUCUCCUCUGAUUACUGGUGGUCCUAUAAUUAGUACCACACCUUUACCUAAUAUUCCUGCUGCCCCUGUGGUCCCUACCAGUAUGUCUUCUGUUAACAUGCAGACAGCUGUGCAUCCUGUCGGGCCUGGUGCUACUAGUACACCAAGGGCAAGCGUAACUAGUUUGGAUAGGACUCAUUCUAUUGAUUCUGUUUCGCAAACCGAAUGGGCUGUACCUCAUCCAACCAAAUUAAAAUACACUCAAAUAUUCAAUACGACUGACCGAGCAAGGAGUGGAUAUUUAUCAGGAGCACAAGCAAGAAAUGUCAUGGUUCAAACGAAAUUACCUCAAAAUAUCUUAGCACAAAUCUGGGCUCUCUCUGAUAUGGAUUCGGAUGGGAGAUUAGGAUGUGAGGAAUUCGUCUUGGCCAUGCAUUUAUGUGAACAGGCUUCGCUGGGUACUCCACCACCAGCAAAAUUGCCACCAGACCUCAUUCCACCGUCUUUUAGAAAAAAUGCCAGAACCGCAUCGAUUUCUAGUCAAGGUAGUGUUGCCACAGAACAAGAUCCAGCUUCAACACUAUUGCAGAAUUCAUUUGAGGAUAAACGUAAAGAGAACUUCGAAAAGGGCCAAGCUGAAUUGGAAAGAAGGAGAAAGACACUAUUGGACCAGCAGCGUCAAGAGAGAGAAGAACGAGAAAGGAAGGAACGGGAAGAACAAGAGAAGAAAGAGAAAGCUAGACAAGAGGCUGAGCGCAAACGUUUAGAAGAAUUGGAAAAACAAAUGAGGGAGCAACAGGAAAAGGAACGACUUUUAGAAGAGGAUAGAAAACGACAAGCCGAGCAAAGGGAAGCAGCAAGAAAAGAAAUGGAAAGACAGCGGCAAUUGGAAUGGGAAAAACAGCGCUUGCAAGAUUUGCAACAGCAAAGACAAAGGGAACAGGAAAAUGUUCUGAAAUUAAAAGCCAAGAAUCAGAGUUUGACUAUUGAAUUAUCGUCGCUUAACGAUCAGGUUAAAGAACUGUCACAAAAGAUAUGCGAUACUAGGUUGGGCGUUUCUAAUGUUAAAACAACUAUUGAUGGCAUGAGGUCAACUAGAGACUCCCAAAUGCAAGAAAUGUCUCAACUUAAGAAUAAAUUAAAGGAACAAAAUGCUAAAUUGCUUGCUUUGUCUCAAGAGAAAGUUAAACUAGAAGCAAAAAAUAAGAUUAACGCACAGUUGAGUGGACAAGACGCAGAGCAAUCUAGGUUAGCCUUCGAAAAUAAGGAAAUUACUAUAAAAAACUUGAAAAAGAAAAUAGAAGACAUGCAGACAGAAAUAAAUGGCAAGUUAUCGGAUAUCGACAACAAUAAUUCUCAGUUGGCUGAGUUACAAAAUCAGUUAAAAUCGUUAGUUGCAGAGUGUGAACAGUUAUACGGCGUCUAUGACCAAAAGAGAAACACAGUUUUAGAAAUGAAGAAUGCAAAUCGCACUUCUGGGUUUGAUGCGUGGAAGACUACCGACGCCUGGGGCAGCAGUGCUACUGAAGCAGCAGUUGAAUGGCCAGUAGACAACUGGGCAACUAGUACUGAACCAACUGAACCAAUUGAAACUGCUGCCAUGCCUGGAAUCGUCAAGUACAGGGCACUUUAUGAAUUUUUAGCCAGAAAUAACGACGAAAUAUCAUUCCAGCCCGGUGAUAUUAUAAAUGUACCAACCGAACAAACUGGAGAACCGGGAUGGUUAGCAGGUGAGAUAAGAGGUCACACAGGCUGGUUCCCAGAGUCCUAUGUAGAACCAGUAGAUGGCGUUGGGGUUAGAGAUAUGGGGAUGGUUGGUUCAGAUGUAACGUAUAAUCAGUCAGGUGUUAUGUAUCCCGAAGAUACCGAAGCAACACGAUUAGAGGGUAUUGCAGAAGUUCCCGAAGUUUCUGAAGCUGUGUCAACAAACGCGAAAACAAAUCAAGUUGAAGAACCGUUAACUAUACCAAAUGUAACCGCUUUAGAGGGAGAACCCGAGUAUUAUAUUUCCAACUACCCGUACCAGUCCCAAGAACAAGGUGAUUUAACAUUUAAUGCUGGGGAAGUUAUCGCGGUAUAUAAAAAGGAAGGCGAUUGGUGGACGGGAAAAAUCGGCGAUAAUGUCGGAAUAUUUCCGAGCAAUUACGUUCAAAAAGUGGAUGUGACUUCCUCAGCUACUAAUAAUGCUGCACCUCCUGAGCCCGCUUCUACUGGGGUUUCUGCUGAAGCUGUGCAAACGGCACUCGAAAACGUAAAUGCCCAAGCUGAUAACGAAGUCUCGCAAAUUAACCAGAGUAAAACGAAGGAAGUGCCAUUAGAUGCCGCUAUACAAGCGGGGGCUCAGGUUGUGAAAAGUAAAAAACCAGAAAUAGCUUCUGUAAUCGCACCUUAUGAAUCUACCAGCCCAGAGCAGUUAUCUCUUGCUAGGGGUCAAUUAAUAAUGAUUCGUAAGAAGACAGAUUCUGGUUGGUGGGAAGGCGAACUACAGGCCAAAGGAAGAAAAAGACAAGUCGGAUGGUUUCCGGCAAGUUACGUUAAAGUCUUAAAUAGUAGUGGAAAAAUCAGUGGAAGAAACACCCCAGUAUCAACCACUCGGAUGCAACAAGAAGUCGUUAUUGAUAAAGUAAUUGCUUUAUAUCCUUAUGCUGCUGGUAAUCCUGAUGAAUUAACUUUCGCAAAAGAUGAUAUUAUUAGUGUAACUGCUAGAGAAGAGGAGGCUUGGUGGAGGGGUGAAUUAAAUGGAGUUUCCGGUCUAUUCCCUAGUAAUUAUGUGGCUCCUCUUCAGCAGCAGUGGCAGUUAACUCAGGACAGAAAACGUCAGGAGUGCAUUAACGAAUUUAUCCAAACAGAAAAGACCUAUGUGCAUGAUAUGUCAGUAGUACAUGAAGUUUUUGAAGUUCCUUUAAGAAAAAGCAAAUUAGUUUCUGAUACAGAUGUUGAUAAUAUUUUUGUGAAUUGGCAGGAUAUUCUUCAGUGCAACAAAUACUUUCUAACAGAUUUGCUGAACAAUUAUAACGCGGAAAAUGACACAGUUGGACAAAUAAUUUGUCGACAUUUACCUUUAAUGACAGCUUACAUAACAUUUUGUGGAAAACAGUUAGAUAGUGCAACUCUCUUACAAAAAUUGACAGAAAACUCGACAGCUUUUAGGGAAUUAGUAAAAAAGUGCCAAAAUAAUGUAGCUACAAAAGGAAUGCCUCUCUCAUCAUUCUUGAUAAAGCCUAUGCAACGAAUAACAAGGUAUCCUCUACUUAUAAGUAAAAUCAUGGAAAAUACUCCAACAGAUCAUUUAGAUUUUAAGUAUUUAGAGGAAGCACUGCACAUAGCAGAAAAAUUUUUAAAUAGCGUUAAUGAGAAUGUUCGUUUAAAGGAAAACCAGGAACGAAUGGAUUGGUUGCAACAAUGUGUUCAAAGUGACUUAAACAUAAUUUUUAAUAGUAAUACAAAUAGGUUAGGGCCAAGACAAAUAUUGCACUUUGGCAUUCUUAUAAAAGUUAAGAACAGCAAAGAAUUAUUAGGAUUCUUAUUUAACGAUUUCUUUUUGUUAGUCCAACCUAAUAGAAGUAUAGGACCUCAAUUUACAUUCCAACGGAAUAGUAAUAUAAGUUAUAAGAUGUACAAACAGCCAUUUUUGAUACAACAUUUAUCUGUACAUAGAGAAAGCACUGACACUGUAGAAAAUGGAACGGAUUCAAAUAGAGUGUUAAAUAUGUACGAUGAAAGAAACAAUUAUAAAAUUGCACUUUUAACGUCUACAGUACACGAAUGUAGUUUGUGGUUGAAAAAGAUUGAGAGUGCGAAAGAAACACAUGCCAAGGUUAUUUCUAUCAGCCGUCAUGGUAAAAGAAAAACACUUCUUAGUGCUGGCAGGUGGUUGUGUGUUACUAUACUGGAAGCCAUAGAAAUCAAUAAGAUAUGUAACGCUCAGACUUGUAGUUAUGCUCGAAAAAAAGGAAAAUCACAUAAUGAAAAUAUUUAUUGCAAAGUGACAUUGGGACCUCAGGAACAACAAACUGAUAUUGCAAAAGAAAACAUUAAUAACGGCAAUAUUCCCCAAAGUGGUAUACCACAAAUACCUUCUCUUGUGUGGAAUUACAGUAUGCAAUUUCAGUUAAGGAAUAUUAACCAAGAAGUGCUUACGUUUGUUGUGUUGGAACAAAAUCCAUUUGCGCCAGACGAGUUUUUAGGUAGAGCUGAACUGAAAUUGAAGGAUAUACUGAAAGAAUCGCAAAAUCACAAUGGUCCAAUAACUAAAAAAUUAAUUUUACAUCAAGUUGAAUCCGGAGAACUUGUUGUUAAAUUGGAUUUACAUCUAUUUAAUAGCUAUUAGACGAAAUAUUGUUUUUGUUUAAGAUUUUACUGUAGAUAAUAUAUUUGUAUAGUUCUGUUAAUGUUAUUAAUUCUCUAUUUUUAUACUGUUAUAUUUGAUGUUUAAUAAUUUGUAUACAACCUUUAUUCAAUCAAAUUUCACUUGCUCACUAUAUACAUAUUUAUACAAAUAUUUUUUGAUUCAUCGUUUACGGUGAUAAUAUUUUGUUUCAUUUAUAUGUAUGAUUAGUAUUAUUAUCUGACAAUACAUAUAAUCAU